AGAAGCGUUUGAGCUCGUGACAGGUGUUCCGGCAGAAGACCUCCCGGCGGAUGUACUGAUUGUUCAUCCCCUGAAAAAGAAAAUAUCAGCCGAACCCCUGUAGAACGUGCUCCCUUGAACUCUGGAAGUGUCUGUUGACCUUGGCUGACCUUGGAAUCACUCGGGGAGCUUUACAAAAAACGGCAGGGCUCCCUCCCCAGGGAGUCUGAUUUCAUCAGCCUGGGAUGUGGCCUGGGUGUCAGGAUUUUUAAAGGCACCCCCUGUGAUUCUAACGUGCAGCCAAGGAAAUUCCAAGGUGAGGAAGCUUGGCAGCAGCAAUGGAAUCAACCGGUAGAAGAGCCUGCAGAGAUGCAAAACCCACCUGCUCUGAUAGGAGGAGCUGUGGUCCUACUGGAUGGAGGAGACCCUCACUGCUUCUCCCUCUCUCUCUCUCUCUCUCUGUCCUCUCAGCAUGUGACCCAGGUGUGAGUGCAGCCAUCAGAAGUGCACUGCAGAGCAGAAGCGCAAGAUGAACUUCCUUCCCGGGCACCCUCAAGUUCAUCAUUCUUUACCUUUGAGAUGAAUCUGCUGCUGUCUCAGUACGGUGUCAAGGAGGCAGGAUCAGAUCAUGCAGUGGAGGUUUUCUCAUCGGGGAAAGAGGGAGGUAGAUUUGGAAGCCACCCCUCAAAGCACCACCUGUUCAAAAUGAUAACAAGAGCAACACUGGUAUCACUGGAUUAUAUGUAAAGGUGUCUGGUACUGUUCUAAGCUUUAUGGGUACAAACACAGCAUGAUAUACAUCGUACAGCUAUGAUUGGGGACUAUCAUCACUCCCACUUCAUAGAUAAGAAAACUGAGGCACAAAAGGGGGAGGAGCAAACCAAGACUUCCUCACGUUCCUGGGCCUCACCUGUCCCAGAGAAUGAAGAGACUGGUCUCACUUGCAGCCUGGACAAGACACCAAGGUGGCAGGUCUAGGAGGCUACAGUUUUACCACAGGCAAGAGGCAGGUGGAGGACAUUGUGAGGGGGGUCUGUCCCAGGAAGGCCCCAUAGGGUUCUGCUCGGUUACAUUACGAGAUACAGCAGUGAACAAAGCACAGGAGACCUCAGCCUCACGGAGCCCAAAUCCCUGUCCUUGGAGAGGGACACACACAACAUACAAAGUUGACCUAGUGGGUGAAGAUGGCCAAGUCUGCUGGGAGAUGCAGAGGCUCCUGGAAGUGACCAGAACUGGAGAGGGCCCUGUCUUCUGAAGGAGCCCCAGACCAUGCUGAGGAUGGUUUGUCAAUGCUGCCUUGUUCUUCCUCUCUUUAUCAUCUUCCCUCUAGGUAAUUUCAUGCUCCCAAAAUGGGACAUAAAGUGGUUGUCUUCGACAUUUCUGUCGUCAGAGCCUUGUGGGAGACGCGUGUCAAGAAGCACAAAGCCUGGCAGAAGAAGGAGGCAGAAAGGCUCGAGAAAAGCGCGUUGGAAAAGAUAAAAGAAGAGUGGAACUUCGUGGCUGAGUGCCGGAGGAAAGGCAUCCCUCAGGCUGCGUACUGCAAGAAUCGCUUCGUAGACACCAGCGUGAGGCUUCUGGACAGGAUUGAAAGGAACUCUCUCGCGAGGCAGGGUGCACUUUCCAAGGAGAGAGACAAACGGAGCAGUGAGUUUGUGUUUGAACUUUCAGGGGAGCACUGGAAGGAGCUCCCAGAUUCCUUGAAGGAGCAGACGCACCUGAAAGAAUGGCACAUAAGCAAUACCCUGAUUCAAAUCAUUCCUAAGUAUAUCGAGCUGUUUCAAGCCAUGAGGAUUCUGGAUCUACCAAAAAACCAAAUCUCCCGUCUUCCAGCUGAAAUUGGUUGUUUGAAGAACCUGAAGGAACUCAACGUGAGUUUCAACCAUCUGAAGAGCAUUCCUCCAGAACUGGGAGACUGUGAACAUCUAGAGAAACUGGAUUGUUCUGGAAAUCUAGAAUUAACCGAGCUCCCCUUUGAAUUAAGUAAUUUGAAGCAAGUUUCAUUCGUAGAUAUCUCAGCAAACAAGUUUUCCAGUGUCCCAAUCUGUGUCCUGCGGAUGUCUAAUUUGCAGUGGUUGGAUAUCAGCAGCAAUAACCUGAAUGACCUGCCACAAGAUAUAGACAGGCUAGAAGAACUACAAACCUUUCUCCUGUAUAAGAACAAGCUGACCUAUCUUCCUUAUGCCUUGCUUAACCUAAAGAAGCUCACCUUGUUAGUCGUCAGUGGGGACCACUUGGUGGAGCUCCCAACAGCCCUUUGUGACUCAUCCACACCUUUAAAAUUUGUAAGUCUUAUGGACAAUCCUAUUGAAAAUACCCAGUGUCAAGAUGGUAAUGAAAUGACGGAAAGUGAACGAGAUCGCCAACAUUUUGAUAAAGAAUUUAUGAAAGCCUAUAUUGAAGAUCUUAAAGAAAGAGAAUCUGUUCCCAGCUACACCACCAAAGUAUCUUUCAGCCUUCAGCUUUGAUGCCAUCCAUCAGAAGACUACAGAAUCUUCGUGACCUGUGGAGCUGUAAAUCUUCUUGUUGUGGGUCAUGUCAUAGAGGAAUAAUGGCUUGUGCUUAAGGACAAAAUCUAGAAACCACAGUCAUAGUUGUUAGGAAAAAUGAUUUUCAAAUUUCAAAUAUGUGAGUACCUCUCUCUGUGGGCUAGAAAAUUGAUACAUGGGUUUAUAUAUUGAUAUUUAAAGGUUCAUUUGCAUACACUUGUUUCCAAAUAAUGCACAUUUAAUAUUUUAGAAAAUGUGUUAUUUUUAAAAAUUAUCACUUAAAGACCAAAUUUUGAAGUUGAUUACAUUGUUUUCAGGAAUUUGGGGAAAAAGGGGUGGUGAAAAGAGUAUUUAUACUGGACUAGUGAAAUGAGAGUUUAUUUUGUUAUUUUGAAAGAGUUUUAAUGCAUUAUUUCUUUUACUGAGGACAGUUUUCCUUGGGUUUAUACAGAUUGCUAUUUUCAUAUGUUUUAAGUUAUAUUUUACAAGUGUAGGCUUUCAGGAAAGACUCUAGGUAUAAUCUGGGCCUUGAAGGUAGGAGGAAGGGUGGGAUUGUCUGCCCAGGCUUUAGGCUCGGGUGGUGCACUGGCGGCCCUAGUGGAAGAAGUGUGGGCCUGGCUGGUCAUGGCAAGCCUUGCAUGGCCUGCAUGGAUGGUCAGCCUGCCUUGAGUGGGCCCUUUGGGGGUCCUGGAAUGCAUGCCACGGAGCAGAGGCAUUGCCUCCAGGGACCCAUCCUCCAAGGUGGCCUUAUAAAGUAGUAGUCCACACUGAUGAGGAGUCCCUAGCAAGGCUUCCCUGCAGGUACUACUGGAGAACUCUGCCUGUGGUCAAGAUGCUGUGGUCCAGAGGGAGCUCAGGAGACUGGGUUUACAUUGGCAAAGGCUUUGAACAUUCAUUACAGGGCUUUGAACUUUGACAUCACAUUGUAGGAUUUGGAGAAAUUAUACAAAUAUCUAUUUUUAUACUAUUAUCUUGGGCUAAAAUAAAUGGGAUUGUGAAUGUGUUGAAGGUAAGUUUAAACAAGUAGCUUUUAUGACUGAGGUGGAAAAAAUGCAUAUAUUCACAUAUAUUUACUUAUGAAUUGACUCCUAUGUGGUCUAGCCCAGUGCUGCCCAGUAGAUCUUUAUUCAGUGAAGGAAAUGUUCUGUAUCUGUAUUGUCUAAUUUAGUAACCACCAGAUGCAUGUGCUUCUUGAGCUCUUGAACAAUGUCUGGUGUGACUGAAGAAAUAAAUUUUUAAUUACAUUUAAAUUUAAAUAGUCAAAUGUAUUGGACAGCACGGUUGAGCCAGUUGGGUUAUUCAGAAGUUAAUCUGGGCUAGAAAUGAAGAGUGAUUUUUAUUUUGUUAAUACUGACACCCAAUAUUUUGUCUUGAUAGGUUCAAUUAUAAUUCUAAAUAUUUUAUCCUCAAUAUACAUAAAGCAGGUAGAACAGUUUAAAGCCACAUAGUAAUGCUUCAGUAGAGCACUGCUUCAAUGUAAAGACAAAUUCCGAGAAGUAGGUUAAGAGAUGAAAAGAGUAGGAAAAUGAGAAAUCACUUUAAUUUAACCUCAAACAAUUGUAUUUUUCUUUAUAACACAAAUUUAUAAUGCAAAUUUAUUAGUUGUACUAUGUGAAUGAUCUUGGAAUUUUAUUUCAUGCCACAGUAUGUGUUAUAAACAGCCAAAUGGAAAAUAUAUCUGAAAAGGGGGGAAAUGAGGGCUUUCACAUAAAUUGACUGUCCAUAACUCAUGUAAAAUUUAUUUUAAUAAAACCAGUCUUUUAUGCAAAAA